UUUUAAUAUUAAAAAUUCAAAAGAUGCCGUGUAAUUUGUGCAAGUUGCAAUUUAAUCUUUUUAAAAGAAAGCGUUCGUGCGUUUCAUGUCAUUUUUAUUAUUGUGGAAACUGUUUAGGAAAACGUAAGAAAAAUUUCUGUAUUCGCUGUGAAAUUAUUCUUAUUUCGUCCUCCAAAAAUGAGUUAAUGCUUUUAAAAACAAAGGACUUGAUAUUCUUUCUUCAGUCACGCAAAGUUAAUAUUUCUGGAGUUGUCGAGAAGGAGGAAUUGUGCAAUUUAAUCACAAUUCAUGUAAACUCAAGUUCAUAUUAUGAAGAUAUUAUGAAAUCUCCUUUAGAUUUUGAAAACUAUUCCCAUCAAAUUAAACAGACUUGUCAAAGUUUCUUCACGACUAUCACGGACAAAAUUGCUACAGAUUUACAAAAAACGACAUGCUUUAAUCAAGCUUCACAGUCCAAGAAGGAAAAUGUAACAACCCAGCAACCCAAAGCUAGUGGCUCUAAUAUAUCACAAGUUAACAACAUAAAUCCUCUAAAUUGUGGAGCAUCUACUUCUUCAAGAGAAAUGGCUCAGGUUUUGCCGUUUGAAAACGCUUCGUACAUUCCACAUUUAUAUGAUAUUCAAAAUAUAAACUGCGAAUGCUGUUCUGAUGAAGCUUUCGAAGAAAUUUCCAAAAAACGUCAAAGUAUUUUUAAUGAAAAAAACAGUGAUUUAUGUAAUAAUGCUAAAAAAGCAAAGAUAGAGGACACAACGAGUGAUUCAUCAUUUGAAGAAGUUGUUGCAUCUACUCGACAAUUUGAUGACGACUGGCAAUUCAUUGAAAACGAGAACUUGAAUGAAUUGGGUAAUACUAUAUAUAAUAAAAGUAUUCAAUUUAAUUUAAACGAAACAGUUAAUCAAAAUCAAAAAAGUGAUAAUAAUAAUAGAAGCUCGUGUGGAAAUUUAGUCGAAACAAUUCGUCGAAAGUCAGACAGCUCACUUUUAAACCUUAAAAAAUCAUUUGAUAAUGUCGACAUUUCAACAACUUCAAAUUUUCAUCUUGGACCCAUUGUCAACUUUAAAGUUUUAUGUAAAAAAUGUGGAAAAUAUAAAUCAAAAAUAACAGAAGAAAUUGUCAUAUUAAAUGAACAGCUGAAGUCUUCACAUUACACGGAAAAUGAAAUCAGUGCAAAAAUAAAACAGUUUAUUGACUACUUGGAUACAAAAUCUACAGAAGUAGUAAGCAAUGAUGUUUUGGUACCUACUGGUUCGUCCACAUCCGUGGAGCAAAAAUUUAAUAGUUCUGAAAAUACUGAAGCUUCAUUAAAUGAAGAAAGUAUUACUCAGCCGUGUUGUUCCUUCGAUAUUUCAAAGCGUUUCAUAACUCUUGAAGAUUUACAAUCAAGCUCUGAUUUAGAUCAUUUGUCUGUCAAGCAGUUAAAAGAAUUACUAGCACUAAACAGAGUUGAUUUUAAAGGCUGUUGCGAGAAAAACGAACUCAAAGAAAGAGUUCAAAGACUCUGGGAAAAUUAUUCGAAUGCACCUUCUUCUGAUAGACUAUCAACAAAUGACUUAUGCAAAAUAUGUAUGGAUGCACCGAUUGAAUGUGUUUUCUUAAAUUGUGGUCAUUCGGUCUCCUGUAUUUGUUGUGGCAAAGUUUUAAAUGAAUGUCCUAUUUGCAGAUCAUACAUUGUUCGUGUUGUUAGAAUCUUUAAAUCCUAAAUUUCUGUAAUCAUGAAUAAAUUGUGUUUCGACAAAUUAA